AUGACUGGAGGGGGAGAGAGGGGACAGACAGAGAGAGGAGGGGCAGAAAGAGGAGGGGCAGAGAGAGGAGGGGCAGUAAGCAACCCAAUUUGUAAGGGUGAGACAGUAUGGGAAGGCAGUUCGGUUGGCACCUCUAAUACCUUUCUCGAUGCCCCUCCUGGGUUCGGCCCUCCUGCUUUUAUCGCAGCAGCUUAUAAGAGAGCUUCAGAUGGAGAGGAGAUCACACCGGAGGGAGGGGCAGGGAAGCCAGUGGGAGCAGCAGCAGGUGCUGUGAGUGAGAAUGGUGAGAGGAUACCUGGAGCAGCAAAGGUGUGUACAGCAGAGGGAGGGGGAGCAGGGAUUGGAACAGAGAUGCAACGAGGGGCGGGUGCAGAAACGGGAGUGGGGAUGGGAGGGGCGAUGGAAGCAGGGGCGGGAGGAGAGGGGUAUGCGGUGGGGAUGGGUGCGGAGGAGUGUGAUGCGUGGUGCCUUCUGGAUGAGGCGCUGGGAGCAACAAGUGGGCCUUUUCCCUUCAGUCACGUUCAGCAGCAGUUUGCAGCAGGGGAGCUUCCGGACCAUAUCCUGGCCUACCCGGAAGGCUCGGACGCCGAGCCUAUGCCACUGGCUCAGCCACAACAGCCAGCAGUAUGGAAGCAGGAACGUGAGCAGCAGCAACAGCCAGCGCAACAGGAGGUUUUUAAUGUUUUUGGAGCAGGGACAGGAGUAGAAGGGGCAUCAGGACCAGAAAGACCAGGAGAAGGUCGAGGAGGGAGUGAAGCCUCGAUUGCACAACCUGCAGCUGGUGCUGCUUCUGUUUCUGGUGCAGUUACCAACACCAAUGUUGCUGCUGCUGGAAACGCUGAGACUGUGGAUACAGGGGAUGCGGGAGGAAAGAGGGACGGUCAGAAGGGGAUGGACGUGGGAAAAGGAGGAGAGGAGGAGGAAAGUGGGCUAUUUUGGACGUAUCUGGGGGAAGACAAGGCACCCAAGGGGCCGUUUUCCAUUGUGAUGCUGCGAUGGUGGCUGCAGUGCGGGCAUCUCAUGCCCACCCUCAUGUUAUCGGACAUUCGCAACAUGCACGCGCCUCCCAUCUCUCUGGGAGCGGACAGCACUGCGAGUGAUGACAUUGGUGGUGAUGCCGCAGGGGUCACAUCACCGACAGUACUUAAGGCCUCGGGGGGCUCAAGCGCAGGUGCGAUAAACACGGGGCAGUCCCCUUCAAGACACGGUCCCUCUCUAAUUCACGGUCCCUCUCCAAGGCACGGCCUCUCCCCAUCAUGCCACAAUAAGGUUGGGGAGUCGGCAAGUCGAGGGACGAAUGGGGACUUGUCUAAACUCAAAAAGGGCUCCCCUCACGGUCUCAAGAAUGGGCAGAUUAUCACGGAUUUGCAUGGUGGCAUUGCUGUGAGAGAUGGGGAUGGAGACAGUCAAGGUUUGACUGGAGAUGGAGGAAGGGAUGAAGCAAGGGAGGGUGUCAGAGAAGCGGGCGAAGCAAGUGCAGGCAAGAGGGGUUUGAGCGAGAGGAGGAGUGCAGGUGGGAAAAGGAAAGCGGAGGGGAUGGAGGUUGAGACUCCACAGCCCCUGUCCGCCCUUCAGACGCUGCUAAGUAGCAGCAGCAGCAAAGCUAGAGUAGCCUUUGAGACAUGUCAGAAGGUGGGGCUGGUAAGUAACAGCGUUGGUGGUGGAGGGGUGGUGCUGAGGAAUAAGGGGGAAGAAGAAAGGGAGGAGGAGAACGAGGAGGAGGACGGAGACGGAGAGGAGGAGGAAGAGGUGGAGGAAGAGGAAGAAGAGGAGGAUGAGGGAGAGGAAGAGGAGAGCGAUGAGGAGGAGGAAGACGAAGAGGAGGAAGGGGAGGAGACUGAAGAGGAGGAGGAUGGGAGUGAUGGAGACGAGGAGGAUGUGGAGAGGGAGGGCGGGAGUAUGAUGGCACAAGGGGUAUCAGAGGAGGGUGGAGAGGAGGGGAUGGAGGAGAGCGAAGGGCAGGAGAAGGAGGAGUUGCUACUGGGCCGAUUCAUGCUCAGGGCACUAAGCAGUGGCCAGUGGAGGGAAGUGUCGUUGUCUCUCAACCGCCCGCCUUCCUCUCACUCACAACAGCACCUUCUCCCUCCAUCACACCUCCCACGCUCUACAUCCAUUCUCCAACACUCCUCCCCCUCCUUCACCCCUUCGAUCCGCCUGGUCUCUUGGACCAACACAGCUCACCGCCUCUCCUUCCGCUCUGCGCUUCAAACCGAAGCUGCAGCUUUGGCUGCGGAAGGGCUGGACUCCGAGCCUAGGCAUGAGGCUCGGCCGGAGGUUCGGCACGUGGCUCGGCAGUCUCUGCAGGUCCCGGCCCAGCUUCCCGAACCUGAGCUGCGUUUGGGGAGUCAGCAGCAGGACGAACCGAAGCUGAGACAAGGGGAAGAGAAAGUGUAUGGUGCGGGUCGUGCUUUGAUGUGCUUUGAAACGAAACGAGGCCAAGUGGGUGGUGCAGCAGCUGUGGCGACUCAAAAGCCACAGAGGGAGCACGAGCUCUUGUUGAUUCGAGGUGUUGUUGCAUCUGACCGGAAUGCAGCAAAGCAAGGCUUGGGUAAGGAUCGAAAUCAUGGGGAGGAAUAUAAGCAGAGAGCUGAUGCCGAUCAGGGGGCAGUGGGUGCUGCAGCUGCUGAAGCAUUGGUGCAGAGGGAAAGUGGAGGAGGAGGGGAGAAAGGGUCAUGCGAUGGGGCAGGAGAGAGGGAGGAGAAGGAACGGAGGAAGGAGGAAGAGGAGGGUGAUGAUGAGGAGCAAAGGAAAAUGGAGAAGACGGAGGAGGAGAGAGGGAAGAAAAGGGAGGAGGAGACGUGUGAGAAGGGCUCUGAGAUGAAAGCAACUGGCUCUUUGUUAAGCCCUCAAAAGGUAUCCAAUGCGAAAGCGAGGAAGGGCGGUGGGUAUAAGGGCAGCUAUCUGGACUGGGGUGUGGGGGCAAGUGGAAGAGGAAGCAGUAGCAGAGAGAUGGGUGCUAAAACGGCUAGUGGAAAUGUCAUGGCUAGGGGUGGUGGGGUGGUUGGGGUAAGUCUUGCUGGUGUGGUUGGGGAGAGGACUGCAGGGGCUGCUCUGGUGAAGGUGCAGGGUGAUGGAAAGAUUGCUUUUAUGGCUGCUUUUGAGCAGCCAUUGCAGGUAGAGUUUCAGGCAAUGAGAAGUGGUGCGCAGGUUGCAGCGAGGACGGAGAGGCAGCUUAUUCUGGCUACCAGACAGGCGGAGGAACAACCAGGUGUGCUGCAAGGUCAAGGGAGGGGGGAGGAGGAUGAGGUGGAGAGGGAAAAGGAAGAGGCGGAGCCGGAGGAGGAAGAUUAUGCGAUGAGGGAUGAAGAGGAUGUGAAGAGAGAGGAAGGAGAUGGUUUUGAGAGAGAGCAGGAGGGGAGGGUUUCUGUGUUGGGUGAUGGUCAUGGGGAGGGUGAGGGGAUGCAUUGGGAAAUGGAAGGAGAGGAGGAAGAGGAGGAGAGGAGGAAAAUGCGGAAGAAACGGAAGCUGGAGGAGAGGCAGGAGAGGAAGGAGCGGAGGGAGCAGGAGAGGAGGGAGAAGAGGGAGAAGAGAGAGAAGGAGAAGCGGGAAAAGGAGCGGCGAGGAAGCGGGAAAAGGAAGCGGAGUGAGGGAUCGACGUGUGCGCGUGUCGAGUGGGGCGGAUGGGAGUGGAGAGAACACGUGAAACAAGCAGCACAGAGAGAGGCUCUAAAGCAGCGUGCCGAUGCAUACUAUAAAGGGGAUAGAGGCGAGGGCGCAGGAGAAUGGGAAGCAGACGGCACAGGGCCGGGCGCAGGAGCGUCUAUGCGCACACCUCGCCUGCUCUCCCGGGCUAACCUUUCCCAAGCCAACCUCCCAGGUUCCUCUUCCCGCCUCCCGCUUUUUGCUUCUGCUGGGGGUGGUGGAGUGGGGUUGCUAGGAGGAGGAGCAGCAGUAGGGGAGGAAGCAUGGGAGGGGAUGGGCGCAGGCACUAGCAUGGGGAGUGCAAGGAGCAGCAGGGCGCUGCUGAGGCAGCUAGCGGUGGGUUCAGAGGGGUUGGAAGGGGUGAGGUUCAAGCAGCUGAAGGGGAGGAAGAAGAACUUGAAGCUGGUGCGGAGCAGAAUACACGGGUGGGGGCUGCUGUCCCUGGAGCGCAUUGAAGCAGGCGACUUUAUCAUUGAAUACACGGGGACCAUCAUUCGGCGAUCGGUGUCGGAGCUGAGAGAGAGAAUGUACGAGGCAAAUGGCAUUGGCAGCAGCUAUCUGUUUCGCGUGGAUGAGGAUGUGGUGGUGGAUGCCACUCGCAGCGGUGGCCUCGCUCGAUUCAUCAACCACUCGUGUGAUCCCAACUGCUACACCAAGGUGAUAGUGGCAGAUGGGCAGAAGCACGUGGUGAUCUACUCCAAGAGGGUGAUCCAAGUGGGCGAGGAACUGAGUUACGACUACAAGUUCCCCAUUGAAGACGAUGCGAAGAUCCCCUGCCUCUGCUUGUCUAGAAAGUGUCGAGGCUACCUCAACUGA